CCGCCUCCACUCCAUUCCAUUUCAAUCAACAACAACCAACAUGUCAAAGCGAGGCCGUGGAGGUUCCGCCGGAAACAAGUUCCGUAUGUCACUAGGUCUUCCGGUGGCGGCGACGGUGAACUGCGCCGACAACACCGGAGCCAAAAACUUGUACAUCAUAUCAGUGAAAGGUAUUGGAGGAAGGCUGAACAGGUUGCCGCAAGCUUGCGUUGGAGAUAUGGUUAUGGCUACUGUUAAGAAAGGGAAACCUGAUUUGAGAAAGAAAGUUAUGCCAGCUGUCAUUGUUCGUCAACGUAAACCGUGGCGCCGAAAGGACGGUGUUUUUAUGUACUUUGAAGAUAAUGCUGGAGUCAUUGUCAAUCCCAAGGGAGAAAUGAAAGGAUCUGCAAUUACUGGACCCAUUGGAAAAGAGUGUGCUGAUUUAUGGCCUAGGAUUGCCAGUGCUGCUAAUGCCAUUGUGUAGGAUGUGGUCAUUUGGAGGUUUAUGGUUGUUACUAGUCUUACCUUGUUUUUUUAUGACUCAGUCGUAAUGUGUUGGUUGGUAUGAAUUUUGCUACAAUCAAAGACUUGCAGUGAGCAUGGUCAUCUACUCAUUUUUGUUUUUGGUGCAUUGAAGUCUUGUUAUGUUUUGUCACCAAGUUACCUUGUUUGUUAUGACUCAAUGGCAUUAAAUUUAUGUA